AGCGUAUACAAUUCGUCGAAAUUCUUUAGUGAGUUAUGUCAAGUACCUUUCAAGUACAUCAAGUUGCUAAAAUGGAAAAAUAAUUACACAUUUUCACCGGUUACUGUUUAGUUUUCGUCAGUUUCCAUAUCUUUACCUUACUCUAAUUGAGAAAAGAGCUAUUUUUUCGGAUAAAGAUCAUCGGUAAUAGAGAUAUAAUGAUUUUUUCCGACGAGAUAGUCGAAAUCGUAAUUACUUUUUGGAUCGUUGCUCCGCGCGCGCGUGCGCCUGUUGACACAACAGAAAUGUGGAAAUUGAUAUACAUACAGACGUUACUCAUACAGACAGAAAUCGGCGUAUAUAUAAGUGUGUCUAUCGAAACGAGUAUUCAUUUAGAUACAUGCCACUGAUUUGAUAAAGUGUAUCGCGUAAAACGUAGAGGCCUCAAUCCCCUAUCCGGCGCGCGCUUAUAGCACGGCGCACUGUGAAACAUUUCACUUCAGGCGCUCGAUAUACAUAAUUCAAAGGCGUUUAGAAUCUGUCAAGCAACGGAGCUCUCGUCAUCGGGUCGUGAGCAAAAGUGCAAAUCGGGUAUUAACAAGCAGUACUCGAUAUAAAAAGAAACUCGGGGGGGUCAACAAGUGUGCGCGAGUGUCAAUCUUUCGGAAACUUGUUAAUUUUUUUUUAUUGUUCAUCGGUAGCAGCGAUCGACGAUGUCAUUUCUGGGCGCAUGUUGUGUGAACCUCCAGCAGCGAUGGAUCUUCGCCGUGAUGUGCUUCUUCGCGCUGUUCAACGCCUACGCCAUGCGAGCCUGCCUCUCGAUCGCCAUCACGAAGAUGGCCAAGCCGGUCGCGGAGAACUUUGGCAGCGACGAGUCCUGUCCGGCGGACGACUUUGCGCUGGGCGUGGCUAACGCGACCAACGCCACGAUCGACGGUGGCGUCGGCGGCCAAGAUUACGAUUGGGACGAGUACACGCAGGGUCUCAUCCUGUCGUCGUUCUUCUGGGGCUACAUCUUCACGCAUCUGCCGGGUGGCCUGAUAGCCGACCGCUACGGCGGCAAGCACACCCUCGGGAUCGGCAUCCUGCUGACGGCGCUCUUCACCAUCGCCACGCCGCUGACCGUGUACUACGGCGACUGGCUGGGCCUGAUCAUUCUGCGCGUGCUCAUGGGCCUCGGCGAGGGCACCACCUAUCCGGCCAUCAACGUGCUGCUGGCCAAGUGGGCCCCGCCGGAGGAGCGCUCCAGAAUCGCCUCGUUCGUCUACGCCGGCGCGUUGAUCGGCACGAUCUACGCCACCACCGUGUCCGGGGUCAUUCUCCAGUACGCCGUGAACGGCUGGCCCAUCGUCUUCUACGUGAUGGGCGCCACGAGCAUCGCCUGGUACGUCAUCUGGUGCUUCGUCUGCUACAACAGCCCGACCGAGCAUCCCUUCAUCUCGGACAUCGAGGUGAACUUCAUCAAGGAGCGCAUGGGCGACAGCGUCAGCGAGAAGAAUCUGCGCGUGCCUUGGCGACACAUACUCGGCUCGGGGCCGCUCUGGGCCGUGAUCGUCGGCCUCGUCGGUUACAACUGGUCGAUCCUCACCAUCAUCACGGAUCUGCCCAAGUACAUGAGCAGCGUCAUGAAAUUCUCCGUCCAGUACAACGGCUACCUCACGUCGCUCAUCUAUCUGUGCAUGUGGCUGGGUGGCAUGGUCAGCUCGUGGAUAGCCGAUUACCUCAUAGGCAGAAAAAUCAUGAGCACGACCCAGGUGCGCAAGUACGGCUCCGUGCUGGCUCUCACGGGCUCGUCCUGCCUCAUCAUCGCCGCCUCGUACGCCGGCUGCGACAAGACCCUCGUCGUGACCAUGUUCGUCCUGGCCAUGACCAUCAUGGGUAGCGCCUUCCCCACCGUCAUGGUCAACGCCCUCGAUCUCAGUCCCAAUUACGCUGGUACUCUCAUGGCCCUGACCAAUGGACUGUCGGCUCUCACCGGCAUCGCUGGCCCCUACAUCAUCGGAGUCUUGGCGCCGCAUCAGACGCUCGGCGAGUGGCGUUUCGUCUUCUGGAUAUUGUUCGGCGUUUCCGUCGUUAGCAACGUCAUUUUCUUGGCUUUCGGCGACGGCGAGGUUCAGUACUGGAACGAUCCUGAUUUUAAAGUGAAAAACGCCAAAAGUAACGACCGACGGACUGAGGAAAAAGUGCGUGUUUAGACGUAGAUUAACAGACGCGAUUAGGGUGUAGUGUAUCGUAUAACACAAAAAAUUCCAAGACAGAAUCUUUCUAGUUUUAGCGAGUAAUUAACCAUUACCUUAAGUUCUUUGUUAUAAUGAUGAGUGAUGAUGUUAAAAGUGCGUAGAAUACUUAUUUAGUGUACGACACAUGAUUGAGCAAUAUAUUGUUUCGUUUAAAAAAAAUCAACUUUAAAAAAAAUCAAAAGGAAAAAGCUAAUACGAUCAUGUGCUUUAUCUAGUAAAGUAGUUGACAAAUAAUUUUUAUACCUAUUAUACAAGUACAAUAGCGAUAAGGAGCUGGAAAGCGACUCGAAUAGUUUUAUACCUCCUGUAAGAAUAAAAAUAUCGUGAACAUCUUGUGAAACGUCUUUCUUUGACGUCAAUAUAUAUAUGCGAGUACUGCAGUUGCUCGACGUUUUGUAAUUUUUUACUAAUACAAUACAUGUAACUUUUUUUUUUUUAAUAUAAAUUAUUCAGAUUUAUAUCGAAAUAAUUAAAAUUUCGAUCACUCAACGAUUACACGGCUCUUUAAUUAUUCACGCUCGUAUAUUCCUUUGUCUCGUUCUUUUUACUUGCAUGUAUUUUUAUUCAUGUCGGACUCGGCGCGUAGUGCGCGCGGUCGAUUUGAAACGUAAAAGAAGACAAGAGUUUCAUUAGUUUAGGAUGUAUUGAACUUCUUCGAUGUUCAUCUUUUUUCCCACUGCGACAUUUACUGAUUGGACAGAGGUUAUUAAGUAAAGUGAUUUUGAUUUGCUAAAUUGAAAGGUUGAUUGGCGAUGAUCGACGCGUACGCGUAUACAUAUAUCGGGCAAUCGGUCGUAGUUACCGCCGCGUAGACGAUUUUUCGAAAUGUUUAAUAGCCCACGCGCGUUUCUGGAAAUUAAUUCGUCGGCUUUACCAAUUUCUGUUAGAAAAACAAAAAAAAUUGUCAAUGA